AUGCAGAAAAUAAAAUUAUAUUGGAAACUAUUUGUGAUACCUAUAUUUUUACUUGUUGCUUUUGGAAUUGCUUAUGUGAGCUACUUCAGGCACACGGAAACACCCCAUAUGCACGACUUUGAUCCUGGUAUCAGUGACAAACGAAAAGUCGCCAUUUAUGAGAACAUGAUAGAUGCUUUGAGAGAUGAAAACUAUGGUUCUUCUGUUGAUUAUCAAAAAAGAGCAGAAACCAAUCAUAUUCAGUGUGGGAGAGUAUUGAGUGGAGAUACAGAAUACAUCAACACUCUCGUGGGAGAAAACCGUAUACCACUCAUCGAGAAUCGCCGUUUGAACAUGUCUUGUCCGGCAAUUCAAGAUCGAAUUCAUUCCGAAACCCGAGAUUUUAAAUUAUUGGAUUCUGGCAUUGCAUUUGCGAGAGUGGUUUACACCGAUUACGAAUUCAUUGAAAAACAGUUGGAGAUGUCGUGGCAUCCACAGAACGUCUUCUGUUUCACUGUUGAUAAGAAGUCACCGGACGAAUUUAUUUCGAGAAUGCAGAAGUUGGACGAAUGUAUGGAAAACGUUGUAGUGCUUCCUGUUCUCGAGAACUACGAUAGUUCUGGUCACAAUAUGAACAUUGGACACAAACGAUGUAUGGAGGCGUUGUUACCCAAAACUGACUGGUCUUAUAUUCUACUUCUUCAAAACCCGAUUCUCUUGGGAGGUGUUAAUGAUGUGCAUUUUGGAAAAGAAAUUGAUGGAAGAAGAGUACCAGGAUUGAAGUGGGAUCCUAGAAGUAUGAAUCUAUUCAUAAAUGAAUCCGGAAUCAACGAAAAAGUAUUGAAUGAGCCUAUGAGGGUAUACAGUGGUGCUGUGCAAGUAUCCCUGACAAGAGCAGCUGUGAAGUGGUUGAUUGAAGACGUGGAUGUAAGCAUUGCAAUUAAGCAAUUCAAUCAGACUAAGUAUGCAGGAGAUGAGCAACUGAUUCCAAGUCUCUAUCUGAAUUAUGAAUACGGAAUGCCCGGUCAUUUCACAGAUCAUUGUCCUGACUAUGAUGGCCCAAAGCAAAUCACUCGAUUUGUUCAAUGGGCCCGCGGAAAUAUCAACAACUGCCCUACAAAAACAGUUCGACAUGGAGUUUGCCUAAUUGGGAUUGAACAGUUCCGAGCUUUAUCUAGAAUGCCUUUCAUCACAGUUAACAAAAUGGUUCCCUCAUUCGACUAUUCAAUUAUCGAGUGUACAUCAGAACUCCUCUAUAAUCGAACAUUCUUAGGUCAGAUGGACCAUGAAUUGGAUGAAAGUUUCUAUAAAGAAUUGUUACAUGUCAAAUACCAUAAGCAUCACGAAGAUCCUGAGUACAAAUUGGAUUGUAGCUCAAAUCAAAAACCGUGGAAGUACGAAUACUAUCUGUGA